GGGACGUUUGUGCGAGCUGAGCUGAGCUCUUAAACCAGCGGCCCGAGACAUGAGCGAUCUGCCUCCUUGUUUGUGAGGCCUAUAAUUCUGAAGGACUCUGCCCUGAUGAAUGACACUCGUCCCAGCAACGCAUGAGAAAGCAGCGGCUCUUGAAGAGGAUGAACUGAAGGAGUGACCAGUCGCUGCGAGCAGGAGGGACCGAGGACAGGCCAGGGACGAUGAGAUAAGCAGGUGAAAGUUGACUGAUGAGAACCAGUUGGAUGAGCUCAGCCACUGUUUAAAGACACCCGCUGACUUGAGCUGGGUCACCCGCCGAAGGUGCAUCCGGGAGCCACAAAACCACAGUCAGGAUGCCUUCCAAUGGAAACCGGCCUUUAAAGCUCCAGUUCGGACUGAUCAACCAUGAGAGUCGCUACCUCACUGCAGAGUCCUUUGGAUAUAAGGUAAAUGCCUCAGCACCAAGUCUGAAGAGGAAGCAGAUUUGGACUCUGGAGCAAGACUCUCAGGACACACAGGUCAUCUACCUGAGGAGCCACCUCGGACGCUACCUGGCCUCCGACAAGGACGGGAGGGUGACGUGUGAAGCAGAUGGCCGCAAUUCAGACUGCCGUUUCCUGAUUGUGCCUCGAUCCGACGGACGAUGGGCCUUGCAGUCUGAGCAGCACCUCCGCUUCUUUGGUGGCUCCCGAGAUUACCUGUCUUGCUUUGCUCAGGUGAUCACAGAUGCAGAGCUGUGGGCGAUACACCUGGCCCUCCAUCCACAGGCCAACCUGCUGUCUGUGGCCCGCAAGCGCUACGCUCAUCUGUCCGCGGAAGACGGCGAGAUCGCAGUGGAUCUGAACAUUCCCUGGGGAGUGGCUGCUCUCCUGACUCUUGUUUACAUCGACGGGAAGUAUUCCCUAAAAACCUGCGACAGUCGCUUCCUCGGCAACGACGGGAAGCUGCUGAUGCAGAGCAGCCGGUCUGCGGCCUACACACUGGAGCUCAAGUGUGGGAAGCUGGCCUUCAAAGACUGCGAAGGCAAGUACCUGUCCCCCAUGGGACCCACAGGCACCUUGAGGUCGGGACGUUGCUCCAAGCCAGGCAAGGAUGAAUUGUUUGACCUGGAGGAGAGCCAUCCACAGGUGGUUCUGAUGGCAGCCAAUGGCCGAUACGUCUCCAUAAGACAAGGGGUCAGUCUGGCCGCCAACCAGGAAGACGAGACGGACAUGGAAACGUUUCAGAUGGAGAUUGACAAGGAGAGCAGCAAGUGUACAUUUCGCUCUAUUCAGGGUAACUACUGGGACCUGGUGGCCCACGGAGGGAUCCAGAGUACAGCCUCAGAAGUGUCAGCGAGCAGCAUGUUCACAGUGGAGUGGCUGGACUGCAAGGUUGCCAUAAAGGCCUACAAUGGGAAAUACAUCUGCACCAAGAAGAACGGGCAGCUGCUGGCCGUCAGCGACUGUGUGGGCGAGGACGAGCAACUGACCCUGAAACUCAUCAACCGACCGAUGUUGAUCCUGAGAGGAGAGAACGGCUUCAUCUGCCGCCACCGGAACUCCAACACCUUGGAUGCUAGUAGAUCCGUGUACGACAUCUUCCACCUGCAGUUCAGCAAUGGAGCGUACCACAUCUCAGGUGAGGACGGGCAGUUCUGGUACGUCAACAGUGUCGGCCUUGUGUGUUCUGAUGGUGAGUUGCCAGAGGAUUUUUCUUUGCAUCUUUUGGAACAUGGCCGCCUUGCCAUUCGUGCGAAGAAUGGAAAAUAUCUGCGUGGAGACCCAGGAGGGACUCUGAAGGCAGACGGACUCCAUCUGAGCAGGUCCACUUUAUGGGAAUAUUGAUACUGACUCAAGUGACUGACCAUCAGUUGCAUAUAGUCGAUACAGCUUUCCUUCCACGAUAUGGAAAUGAAAACAAUGAUUUAAAUAUUUGAAAUUUGAUAUUACACUGAAACAUCCAUCUGCCGUCAUUUUCUGUGGUCAUGUGCACCAGAGUCGACUCUCCUCUCCACGGCCAAAUAUUCUGGGGAACACUGAGGCCUUCUCCAGGCCCCUCAGUCUCUUUGGAACCGUGGCCCUCAUUUCAUUUGGAUAUUUUCACAUUUUCAUUUCCUAGAUUUACAACUACUUUGAUGUCUUCAUUUGGCAUGAUGAACCCACUAAGUAAACUCUUGUGUUUUGUUUAUAGAGAGGUUUGUUGUCAGAACAGGACAAACAAAAUCUCCCCCCAGUGUCAUUUGUGGAUACUUAAAGACGGAUGUCUGUUAAUGAAUGAAAUUGUUGGGUGAUUUCCAGUGUGUGAUGUUGCACCUCUCGUGUGUAUAUCAAAACCUUAUCGCUCUCAUAGCUGUUACUUUUCUCACUCUCUCCCAUCGUUCCUCUUCUCUGUGUUGAGUCCCAGCCUUGGUUCUUGCAGAGUCAGCACUCUCCACCUGGAAUCCAAUGCUGGCUUCUUGUUGUUGACUGAGGGAAUAAAGAGACACUUAGCCCUGCUGUUAAACUGAUCCUGAAGCAUCCUGCAAGUCCAGGAUUUGGAGGGAAUAUUUUUAGUCUCCCUAAAGUGGAGGAGGUCUGUCUGAGGUGGCCGGGGAAGUGACACGUCAGGAAGUCAGGCUGGUGCUGCAGCCUCACAACUAACAAAUUGACUGCGAAAGUCCAGUGACUCUGUUCAGUCUGAGACCCAGAACGCUGCCACCUGAGAUCCGGAGCGAGCAGAGGUCACCUGUGACAGGUGGAGUGAUUAGUGGACUCUUUACUGGACGCGCCACUAACAGAGCUGCUCUGGUUUCGGGACUCCAGGAGACAAGUGUGACGGACACAUCAGAUGAAGUGGAGACAUUUUUACUCAGUAAACCGAGACGCAAUGAAAACUAAGCUGUGACCCGGAACACCCUGUACAUGGGUGCUGUCAUGUCUAAGUUCAGUUCCUCAUUAACCACAACGUUCUGACUUGGCAGCCUCCACUGACUUGGCAUUGUCUGUCUCAUUGGCAUUUUUUAGCUUCGGCAUAACUAAGCUUUUGUCUAAUAUGUAGGAUUUAUUUCAGCAUUUUAUUGAAACACAGUGAUUCAAAUAUUAGGAUAUCUAUAGGACACAGCUUCACAUUGUAGGUACAAUACAUUUUUUUAGUUUCUUUGACCAGAUUUUGUUUCUCGUUCAAAUGUUUUGUUUUUAAUUUUAUUGAUUUAUUUUUUCAAUUUCUGCAUUUGACUUUGUUGACUUCAUUAGUGUCCAGAAU